CGUUGCGCCUGCGCGCUCAUUGGCUGUGGUCGCCUCCGGUCAGUCGGACCGAUCUCUCUCUCACACACACUACGGCCACCAUGUUUACGGAAAACAGUCCGGGACAUUAGCCACCCUUCAGCCUCGAAGAUCAUCUGGACCGUCGGAGGCUCGACCGCCAUGUUCCUGAGCCAAGCCGCGCGGUGUCGGUGUGCUGCGUCUCUGGGUCGGAUCGAACCAGUUCGACUGAAGGCAAACGGACUUUGUGACGUCACUUCGACGUUACGUAAGAGCCACCAGGCGUUACGCGGCUACCGGUACCUGCACGUAAGCGUCGCGGGCCGAGGCUCGCCGCCGCACCUGCGACAGCACCACCAGCACCAGCUCCUGAUCCGGAGCCCGGGUCGCGUGACCCUGCUGCCCUCAUCGGUCGCGCUAGGGCUCAGAGGUCCGCCAAGUGCGGGUCAUGUUUUGUUUACGGGAAGCUGCUGGUCUUCCAGUGUAAGCAGAGGCAGAACCAUGCAGCCCAGCAGAUGCUCCUCCACGUCACCGAGCAGCAGGAACCAGAGCCCCGGACAGGUCGACCAGAAUGUAAAGGAGGACGUGACCCCCUCGUCUGCAGACAAGACUCUGGAGGAGACGGAGCUGGGUGCCGUCAAACCCUCCAAAGCCCAGCAGUUGAAAACGGUCUUCAAAGAAUACGGAGCAGUGGGAGUCUCCUUUCAUAUCUGCAUCUCACUGAUGUCCCUGGGAAUGUUCUACCUCCUGAUAUCCAGUGGGCUGGACAUGGUGAGUCUCCUGUCGAAGCUGGGCUUCAGUGAGGCCAUCAUCCGCUCCAAAAUGGCCGCAGGGACCAGCACGUUUGUCUUGGCCUACGCUGUCCACAAACUCUUUGCACCAGUGCGCAUCAGCAUCACCCUGGUAUCGGUUCCCCUCAUCGUCCGCUACCUGAGGAAGACGGGACUCUUUAAACCACCGACUCCUGCACCCUGAGGACCGGUGACAACAUUCAAGCGCAGCCGAACACUGGCAGGGCUGCGGAUGCUUGGGGAACAAAAUGGUCUUAAAAAUGCAACUUUACAAUCAGGGACGUGAAGUUUCACUCUCAAGCAGGUUUGUUCUUUUAAUGCUGUGAAGAGUCCAUCGAUACUUCAAGUGAAUUUUCUGGUUUGUUGUGGUGGAAGCGUUUUCUUUUAAUGGGACGUGUGUAUUUAAUUAUUAAAAAGGAAG